CUCGCGCAGGCGCGCCAGCGUUCGCAGGGCGGUGAACCGGCUAUUCAGUGGCAGGUGUCGGCGUCUGGUGGUCCAGCGGUGCGGGUCUGUGCCUCAGCUUCGCUUGCUGCUGGUCUGCAGCUGAGCAGUGCUCGAACCCGCUCCGGAGACGCGAGAGGCAGUUGCUACAGCUCAGUGUGGCUCAGCCCACCCAGGGACAGAUGAGCAGUGAUGUCUGUGUCCACUCCUGGCCUUGCUCCUACUACUUGGAUCUUGAGAAGCGAUGGAUUCCUGGGAAACUAACCUUGACCCCUCGCUCACUGAAGUUCACUGCAGAUAGAACUGAAGAGGUCCUUGUCAGCCUGCCCCUCUCCAGCAUCACUGAGAUCAGAAAAGAAGCUUCUCAUUUUAUUUUCAGUGCUAUCACGGUCCUGGAGAAGGGCCAUGCCAAGCACUGGUUCAGCUCACUGAGGCCCAGUCGCAAUGUGGUCUUCAACAUCAUUGAGCACUUCUGGAGGGAGUUGCUACUGUCUCAACCAGGCAUUGCUGCCAACACAGCCUUCCCCAAGACCAGGGGACAGGAGCUGACGGGACUGAUGGCCACUUCCCAGAGGCGCAUGGAAAAUACAGCGAAGGUCCUUCACCAUCAGGGCGAGCAGCUGGACAAUGUCAUGAGGGGUCUGGAAAAGAUGGAGUCAGAUCUAGAUGUGGCCGACAGAUUGCUGACAGAACUAGAGACUCCUUCCUGGUGGCCUUUCAGCUCUAAGCUGUGGAAAACACCAGCAGAAGCAAAGCCCAAGGACGGUGUCUCUGUAGCCACUUGUGAGCCUUUUGGGAAAGAAGGGGUCAUCAUCAAGGUUCCUGCUGUUGUUUCCCAGAGAACAGAGUCUCAUUCCAAGUCAGGAAAGCUCACUGUCCUGGUUUCCGGUUUGGAAAUCCACGACUCUGAUUCUUUGCUCCUGCACAGGUUUGAGAGGGAAGAUGUAGAUGACAUUAAAGUUCACUCUCCUUAUGAGGUCAGCAUACGCCAGCGAUUCAUUGGGAGGCCAGAUGUGGCUUAUCGAGUGAUAUCUGCCAAGAUGCCAGAGGUCAUUCCCAUUUUAGAAGUGCAGUUCAGCAAGAAGAUUGAGCUGCUGGAAGAUGCUUUAGUGCUCAGGAACAGGGCCGGGGCUUCUGCUGCUGAGAAGAACUCCUCUGUCUGGCAUGCAGCAUCCGGACUGAUCGGCUGCACCACACACCACGAGCUGCCCACUGGAGGCCAGGAGGGCGGGCUGCUGCAGCUGCAGAAGAGCUGGCCAUUACUCUCUGAGGGGGAAGCCCAGGAGCUGACACAGAUCCUGGGCAAGCUGAAGGGGCUGGCUCUGGACACAGAGGCAGAGCUGGAGCGGCAGGAUGAGGCUCUGGAUGGUAUCACUGCAACUGUGGACCGAGCAACCCUGACUGUGGACAAACAUAACCGGCGCAUGAGAAAGCUGAUUUAGGAGGGUCUUUUCUGCAUGGACACCCUCUCACACUCAGCCCCAGGAAGGAGGCUGGGACCAACACUUUUCAAGCUGUUCACCUAAAGACCCCAUGUGACAGGACUUGGGUGUCAUUGGUUGCCAUGUCCAACCCUCAGGAAUGGGGCCCUGCUGUGAUUUGGAAAUGGACUGAAUGUUCCCCAAGGCUUCAUGUGUUGAGAUGUGAUCCUCAUUGUGAGGGAUGAAGAGGGAGGAAACUUAAUGCUCCAGGGGGAUAUUUUGGAAGUGAUUAGGCCCUGAUCCAGUCAGUAACCGAAUCCUGGUGUCUUGUGAGAAGAUAGAGACCCCAAAAGACACAGUAUGUGUCCUGCCUCUUGCCAUGUUGAUGCCUGCUGCACCUUGGGACUCUGUCAAGGUGUCACCUAGGGCACGACCUCCACCUUGGACCUUGGAAGCAUGAUUCUAAAUCACUCACGUUCACAGCUCCUCCAGACUGGGGUACUAUGUGAUUAGCCACAGAAAGUGACUGAGUCAGGGCCUGCCUCAGUGCACUGCUCCCUGCCAUUUGCCUUCACCCAAAGGAGAACCUGGAGGGAUGGAAGGACCAAGGACACUAGCCCAGAUGUAGGACACCACCCAGACCCCCAGCUGUGCCCACUAUAGCCACAGGAUGUGUCAUGUGCGGGACUUGACAGCACUCUAGGUGAUAGGAUUUCCUGUCCUUAUACCUGCCAUCUGUUGUUGAUCAAAACAUCAUUAUGUCAUGUUGACUGUAUAUGGAACACUUUAAAAGUUAGACAGUAUCACCCAUUUAGUGGAAUAGGGUACAUGAUGAAUUGGCCACUGUUGAACUGAGUGUCAGACAUAAUUUCCUGGGGUCCAAGUCGAGGUGAGUCUGUGUGCCUUCAUGUGUCCUUGAACAUAUAUGGGCAAGCUUAGGAGUGAGAGGGGCCUUCACAAAGAAAGACAUCUGCAAGGGAUUGGCCUUGGAGUCCUCACACACACAAGGCUGCACUGUCCCUCAGAGCCCUCAUCUGACCCCAACCAUGGUCCUGGUCCUAUAUCUGUACCCAGAGCCUUCACAGGUUGGGAUGGCUUCAAGAUCCUUGCAUCUUUGGUCUGGCCCUGAACUCCAGCCUUCAAGCAAUCCUGCCUCACCCUCUGAGUGCUGGGCUGCAGGACUACACCACCAUGCUUAGCUUCUUGCUGCCCUUUAUUGCUUUUCACAGAAGAAUGUAAGUAGUUGUGAUUUAUUUAUUGCCACAAGUUUUCCUUCUCUUUGAGUUUCUGAGUCACUCAUUAACAUGUAUCUUGACUUUUUAAAAAACAGUCUUGCUAUGUAGCUCAGGCUACUCUUGAACUCCUGGCAGUCCUGCCUCUGCUUCUCAAGUGCUGGGAUUGCAGACAUGCACCAUUAUUGCCAAGCUCAAUCAAACUUUAAAAAGAGCACUGACUUUACUAUAUAAGCUGGGCACGAUAGUGUACGCCUAUAACCAAGUGCCUCAGUACUUGGGAGUCGGAGGCAGGAGAAUCAGGUGUUCCAGGACAACCUGAAUUUGAGGAUGACUUGGGCUUCAUGAGACCCUGUCUCAAAAAAAAAAGAUUUAUUUAUUUUGU